UCAGCUGGAGCGAUGUUUGGGGCCGAUAGAGGUGACGGUGAGGUGGACCCCAGUGGCAGAGGGAGCUGGUGGACCGGAUCACUGAAAAACACACCCAUCCCGGGUCACUAUCACACCCGGGACUUCAUCGAGGAAGCGGAUCUCAACCCGGUGAAGAAGACGUACGGCUUCAAAGGUCCCGGCAGAAGCGCCCGGAAUGUUUUUGAAGCAGGCAGCGGGGAGCUGCUGCUGCCUGGAGCCUACGACCACAUGGACUCCGCCCGGGGGGUCCUGCGGCCCUCCUGCUCUUUCAGAGCCUGUCCUCGCCCUGAAGGGGCCACCCUCGGGGUCCGUGACAAGCACCUCACCACUUCUCCAUGUGACUACGACGUGACCCCCAAACCGCUGGAGAAGACUCCCUGCAAGCAUGUGAUGUUUCGCUCCAGCGUGCGGCGGAUCACCUUUCCCCCUAAAGACGGACCUGCGCCGGGUCAGUACAGUCCACCACCCCGACCUGCGAGGGGCGUCACGUCCUGCUUCAAGUCCAGCGUUCCCCGACUCCACCACACCAUGUCUGACACUCCAGGACCGGGAGCGUACGAACCCCAUUGGAAGUUGGGGGACCCACUGAGCAAAGAGAUUCCCGUCCAUCCGACAUUCAGCCUUUACUUCCGAGACAUCCCCGAAACUUGA